AUGGCUAGAGAUAUCCAAGACCAUCUACUGUUUGAAGUGGCGACAGAAGUGGCCAACCGGGUCGGGGGUAUUUACUCGGUGUUAAAGUCGAAAGCGCCGAUCACGUGCGCUCAGUACAAACACAACUACACGCUCAUCGGCCCGCUCAACCCGCAGACGUACCAGGUUGAAGUGGAGGAACUUGACUGGCGGAACCCAGAGACGUUCGAAAAGGGCGCUACGCAUACCGCCGAGAUCGGUACUGCGCUCGAGACCAUGAGCAACCGCGGCGUACGCUUCGUGUACGGGCGGUGGCUGAUCGAGGGCGCCCCCCGUGUUAUUCUGUUCGAGCUCGACUCCGUUAGAGGAUAUUUAAAUGAGUGGAAGACCGACCUCUGGGACCUCGCUGGCAUUCCCUCUCCAGACAGCGACUACGAAACCAGUGACGCCAUUUUACUGGGUUACACGGUGGCAUGGUUUCUUGGCGAAUUAGCGCACCUCGACCAACGUCACGCAAUUAUUGCACACUUCCACGAGUGGUUGGCCGGUGUAGCAUUGCCCUUGUGUCGUAAACGCCGCGUUGACAUUGUGACCAUUUUCACCACCCACGCCACUUUGCUAGGCAGGUAUUUGUGCGCUGGUAAUGUGGAUUUCUACAAUAACCUUGACAAAUUCGACGUUGAUGCAGAAGCGGGCAAGCGUGGUAUCUAUCAUCGGUACUGCAUUGAGCGCGCUGCAGCCCAUACCGCAGACGUAUUUACAACUGUAUCCCAAAUUACCGCAUAUGAGUCGGAGUUCCUGUUGAAAAGAAAACCUGACGGAAUUUUGCCGAACGGGUUGAAUGUGGUCAAAUUCCAGGCUGUGCACGAAUUUCAAAACCUGCAUGCGCUGAAGAAGGAAAAAAUCAACGAAUUUAUUCGCGGUCACUUCCACGGUCAUUACGAUUUCAAUUUGGAUAACACCCUGUACUUCUUUAUUGCAGGCAGAUAUGAGUUCCGCAACAAAGGUGCUGACAUGUUUAUCGAAGCGCUGGCGCGGCUGAACUAUCGGCUGAAAAUGUCCAAUUCUAACAUGACAGUGGUGGCAUUUGUAAUUAUGCCAGCAAAAAAUAAAUCCUAUACUGUCGAAGCGCUGAAGGGUCAGGCAGUGGUGAAAUCUUUGGAGAACACUGUCAAAGAUGUCACUAGUUUGAUAGGAAAACGUAUUUUCGAGCAUGCGAUGAGAUAUCCGCAUGGAACUCAAUCAGAGAUUCCAACGUCUUUGGAUCAGUUGUUGAAGCCUUCAGAUAAGGUGCUUUUAAAGAAACGUGUCUAUGCAUUAAGAAGACCCGAUGGUUCAUUGCCACCAGUAGUAACCCACAACAUGGUAGAUGAUGCGAACGAUCCUGUUUUAAACCAAAUCAGACGAGUCAAACUUUUCAACAACCCAAGCGAUAGGGUAAAGAUCAUUUUCCACCCCGAGUUUUUGAACGCCAACAAUCCAAUUCUUAACCUUGAUUAUGAUGAAUUUGUCCGUGGGUGUCAUCUGGGUGUCUUCCCAUCCUACUAUGAGCCCUGGGGCUACACACCAGCCGAGUGUACCGUGAUGGGGAUUCCAUCUAUAACAACUAAUCUAUCAGGAUUCGGCGCCUACAUGGAAGACCUCAUUGAGCAAAACCAGGCAAAGGAUUACGGUAUCUAUAUCGUGGACCGUCGUUUCAAAAAUGCUGACGAAUCCGUUGAACAAUUAGUCGAUUACAUGGAGGAAUUCGUGAACAAGACAAGAAGACAGAGAAUCAACCAGAGAAACAGAACAGAAAGAUUGUCUGAUUUAUUGGAUUGGAGACGGAUGGGGCUCGAAUACGUAAAGGCAAGGCAAUUAGCGCUACGCAGAGCUUACCCAGACCAAUUCAAAGCGUUUGUGGGCGAAGAAACCAGCGACACGAACAUGGAUACUUUGGCCGGCGGCAAGAAAUUUAAAAUAGCCAGACCUUUGAGCGUUCCUGGCUCCCCAAGAGACAGUAGAGCUGCCAGUGUUGGGAGCGCCAUCUUAAUGACACCGGGUGAUCUCGGCACCCUACAGGAUGCAAACACUGCGGAUGAUUAUUUCCACUUGAGUAUGGGAGACGACGACGACGACGACGAAGACGUGGCCAACCACUUGGCCGAAUGA